AUGACUCUCUCUAAUAAAACGUCGAUGGCCGACGAGGACCCGAGUCCCGUGUUUUGGGAGAGCCAUGUGUAUAACAAAUCCGAUAUUAAAAAAUUAAAAGACAAUGGAUUUAGCUAUUACGAUGAUGCAACAAUUUUCAGGUAUCUGUUUUAUAGCUGGUUCAACAAAUGGGCCUUGGCACUCUCGAGGAAGUAUCUGGAACCAUAUAAGCUACACCCUUUGCAGGUUUCAGAUCAGAUUUUAAAAUGGGAACCAAUUUUUUCUAAACAUGUCAGUGAUGGGUUAGUAAGAUUGGAUCUUUACGAGGCCACUAAGUCCUGUAAAAAUCCAGUUAAACCAUCUAACAUUCUGUUACGUGCCAUCUUAUUGACAACAUGGAAAAGAUCAUUUGCGUUGUUUUUAGCGCUUGUGAUAGGGAACAUUUUGAGCAUGAGCAUAUCCAUUUUGGUUGAAAAGUUGAUUACGAUUGUGAGCAAUCCAGAAAUACACGUAGCCAAGACAGUGUUGUUGUUGUUUGCUGUAGUUUGUUUUCAGAUAAUGGAUGGACUUUUACUUGAGAAUAUAUACUUUUAUCUUAACAGGAUGAUUUACACACUCCAUUACUUGUACGGUAUAGUGCCAUUUCGUCACGGUAUGUCCAACAGGCGCCUAUACUACAACAACAUCAAUGGAUCCAACUUAUUGAACACCUGCAACCAGGUACUUCACAGCUUUUCGCCUGAUUCGCCCUGUUCCAAAAACCCAUUGUUCUGCCCGUCUCUCCGCUACCACAACAAGGAAAUGAGUCCCAAGGUUUUCACAUAUGUGUUUUAUGACUCGUUUUAUAUUGCUCUGGCCUUUGAUUCGACCAGAUUUAUAGUCGAGUUUCUAACGAAUUUUAUUUACGGCGUGUUCUUGAUGUCGAGACACGUAAAGGCCAACUUGUGGGUACUAUAUGUUACUGGAGCAUUGUUUCUGAUUUUUAUGGUUACCAUAGAGAUAUUUAACGCCCUCAUAUAUAAAUACAUACUAUACAUGAGGGACUACAAAGUAACUAAGUACAAUAACAUCCUCGGAAGACUAAGUAAUAUUAAAAAAAUGUUCUGUGACGACAUCGGAUUUAAUAUUAUUACUCAAACAAGGAAUGACGAGCUUUCUUUAGUCUUUAUCAAAAUUUUUAUUACAUUUCUUAAUAUGUGUGCAUUCAGCACCUCAAUUAAUGUCUCGUUUUAUUUGAUUAAAAGCUAUUUUGUUAAGACAGUUAAUGAUGCAAAUGUCAUAACUGAUAUUAACACCGCAGCAUUCAUGACAACGUUUUAUAUAUACAUGAGAAUAGUCACUUCCAUGUUUAAAAUUCCUAGGGCGAUAAACGUUGCUGGAAUGGCUUAUGCAUCGUAUAAAAGAUUAAAUAAGUAUCUUUCUGGUUGUUCCCCUAAUUUCUAUGUCGCUGAUAAUAAAUUUACUGGUUCAGCCAAUGUCAGUUCAAUUAUAGCCGAUACAACUGAUCAACUUCCUAAUGACACUGUGGUUUACUACAAAAACGCUUCAUUCACAUGGGUCUACACACGCAACGACCUAUUAAACAAAAAUUAUGACACACACUUGAAAAAUUUAAACUUCUUGUUGAAACGCAGCGAAAUAGCCAUUGUCACCGGUUCCAAAGGAUCAGGUAAAUCAAAUUUUGUAAAAUCAGUGCUGGGUGAAAUGACCCUUGUUGGGGGCUCUAUGGCCGUUGUACCAUUACACACAUCAAUGCCCAUAUUCUAUGCCUCCCAAGAUAUUUGGUUAAAACACGGCUCUAUAAGGUCAAUUAUAACGUUCGGAUAUAAAUUUGAUGAGCAUUUGUACAAGACUGUGUUGAAGGCUGUUGAACUUGAAUUUGACAUAUCAACAUGGGAGAAGGGUGACCUCAGAGUAGUGUCAGAUAAUGCCCCUUCACUCAGUGGAGGUCAACGUGUAAGAAUGGAGUUGGCUCGUGCAGUGUACGCUUAUUUGAUAUUCCAUCAAGUAAACAAGGAGUAUAAUAACAGCAAGUGUUCGUUUUUGAUGUGUCUGGAUGCAUCGUUCCAUGGCCUAGAUCCAUACGUAUCCAAAACUAUAUUCAAUAACCUGUUUAACGUUAAAUCAGGGCUAUUGGUAAAGAACGAUUUAAGUGUCGUUUUAACAUCGUCGAAACAGAUACUGGAUACGUGCACCAAGUCAUGUGAUCCAGCCCAAUUCCCGAAAGUGCCAAUUUUUAACGUCAAGAACAAGGAGCUGGCCUUCUUAUCCUAUCUAGGAAACUUCAUCAGGAACAAGAGGCACGAGGGCGACUUCAACUAUUCGACAUAUUCUAAAGCUGGCUAUUACACCCUUAAUCGCCUAAACAACGACAUGCUUGGUUUUUGUUUUUCCGACAAUUCCAGGUCGAGUCGUGCCCAGUUAAUCAAACAACUAUACGGAGAUUCCUUCGUAAAAUACAACAAAAAUCUCUUCGGAAAAGUUUGGUUCAAGCCGUAUUUUAUGUUCAUGAAGCCCGCUGCAGUCUCAUUUGCUUUAUAUAUAAUACUAACUGUCGCUUUAAAUGCCAUGGAUUACGUUAAACUAGUAUUGUCGACGAACUUAUCAGACUACAUCACCAAAAACAUCAACGAUCACAACAAGGGGACCAUAGUUGACCUUGCUGUCAUUAAAUCACGUAGUAAUUCGGCACUGAAAGUGACAGUCAUAUUUGUAUCAGUCAUUAUCGCAUUGUCAUUGUUGGCUACUAUAUCUAUUUCUGCAGGAUCUAUAGUAUCAUGUCGCAAGCUUCACGAAUAUGCUCUACACACAAUUUUCAGCUACAGAUCAUCCGUACUCAAAAUUAAGAAACAGAUUAUUCACGUGAUUACUUUUCUGUCUAGUGAUAUUAUGAUUACAGAUGAUAUAGCUGGAUUAUUUAUUGCUUUAUUAUUAUUUUCAUCAAUUCAGACCGUCACCAACAUAAUUACUUUGUUCUAUGUAAUUCCCAUAUCCGUUCCUUUCAUUCUUCUCACUCUGGUUUUGAUUUAUAUUUAUAUUAUGAGGAGGUAUAUAGGUUCGGCAGUGAACUUACAUAUAGGGUUUUUGGAGGCGGUUUCUCAAAUGAACAGUGUAAUAGAUCGUUCUAUAACAGGAGGUUCCGUUUACAGAAGCUUCAAUAGAAAUUCAGAUCUGCUCAGAGAUUUCCUGGAACACAGGGAUUAUAAAGCUAGAACGAAAUUUCUCUUCGUCGCAGUCGUUUCUUGGUCAACAAUCUUGUUUACUUGGAUAUUUUCGCUAACCACUUUCAUUAUACUGGUAAUCCCAAUCAUUCUUGACAAAUACACCAAUUACAAGAUGACCGUAGGCUAUUUCGGUUUAGCGCUAUCCCUGUGUACGAAUGUUAUCAACUCAUACAGCAACUUUGCCUUUAUGUAUGCUUGUAAUCAAAUGAAUAUCAGUUCAAUUGAUAGGUUCCAGUACUUCAUUCCUCCGGGUCAAAAGCUCAAGUUCGACAAGUGUCCCAACACCCAUGAAGAAUAUGUAGUUAAUCCUGAGAGUAAACAUGUUAGUGACAUGGAUAAAAAACAAUUGUUAAGGAGAAGGGCCAUUGAAUUUAAAAAUGAAAACAAAAGGUUUUAUGCUUUGAGAAGACUAUUCUACCAUCCUAAAUUACAUAUCCUCGAUGUUGGCCGUUACCUAACCUCUGAUCGCACUGGUGUCCAGCUGAAUAACGUGUGUGUGUACACUACUCCUGAACACACUCCAGAAAGUAUGAUUUUGAAACAUCUCACUGUAGCAGCCAUUAAAUCAGAGAUCAUUGGUAUAGUGGGUAGAACAGGUGCUGGUAAAACGACGCUGUUGUCAGUGUUACAGAACAUAUCCACUAAUAGAACUGGACAAGUACUGUUGGAUGGUAAAGAUUUGAAUGAUAUCCCCAAAAUUGUCCUGAGACAGAUUAUAGGUGUGUUACCACAAUUACCAUUUGUGUUCAAGGGUUGGACUGUGCGUAGAUUUUUAGAUCCUAGGAAAUUGUUCACUGACGACGAGAUCAACCAGGCUUUGAGUAAAUGUGGUCUGCUUAAUUUUGUUAAUGAGCUUUCUGGAGGAAGGAAAUUGAAUAGUAUUUUGGUACCCGAGGAUCCUCUUUUAUAUCAUCAGAAAUCAAAAGGUGCUCAAUCCAUCACAAAGAAAUAUACUAAACCUGGAGAUGAAAGUGAUAUGUUGUUAUCCUACAAUCAGCUUAGAACAUUGUAUUUGGCCAGACUUGUGUUAUACAGGCACUUCUUUAGGCUUAUAGUAGUUGAUGAGCCCCCUGAGGAAGAUCCCGAAAAAGCCGACGUCAGAAAGGAUGAUCUUUCAGUUCCAAUUUAUGAGCUCUUACAGAAACACUUCAGCCACUGUACCACGUUUGUCACAGCACAUGAUGUUAACGUCUUAAAAUCUUGUACCUCUGUGUGGGUGAUACAUGAGGGGUGUGUAGUAAAAACGUGUAAAGCCAGUGAAGUAUCCGCAAAUGAGUCUAUCGCAUCGAUUAUUGAAGAAAAUGUUAAGAAAAGUUAA